AAGUGUGUCAUACAAAAUUGGAAGAAUCGAGGAUGAAAUCGCAUCUGUGCAUGUAUUACUCGUUUUGCGCGGUAAUAAUCGGUUUUGCGCUUGCACUGCCGAUAAACAAAACUUCCGUCAAUGUGAUGCAUCCUAUUGUUCCAGACAUAGUUAGAACAUCUAAUCAAGACUUGCUACGGCUUUACGAAUCGUCGCAAGACGCAGAAGUCCGUCCCGGUUUGUUCGAGGGAGAUAUAGCCGUGACCAGCGAGUAUUUCGAUUACUGGCGCGUCGGUUUACGUUGGGAUGUUUUUCCGGACAGGCUGUGGGAAAAUAGGACAGUUCCUUACGUAAUUAGCGCUCUAUACGCUGCAGCGGAUUACGUGAAAAUAUAUAAAGCCAUUGCAUAUAUAAAUUAUAUGACGUGCAUAAAAUUUGUUCCAUGGGAUGGUAAAGCCAAGGACUUCUUGCUGAUUUGGCCAAUAAUGUAUCCCAAAGGGUGCUGGUCAUUCGUGGGGAAAUUCGGUGGAGCUCAGAUACUCUCCUUGGAACCGCCGGAUGAAAAGGGGCCGAACUGCUUAGAAAAUGAGGGAAGAGCGAUACACGAGUUGAUGCACGCUCUCGGUAUCUUCCACGAGCACAGUCGCGCCGACAGAGACAUGUAUAUAGACAUACACUACAAAAAUAUUAUCCCUGAAUUUCGAUCAAACUUCAACAAGCAAUCACCGGAGAACGCGACGUACAGUUACGAGUACGGGUACAACAGUAUAAUGCAUUACGGAAGCCACUUCUUCAGUAUAGAUCCUACGAAACCGACUCUGACGCCGAAAAUACCUGGCGUCAUGAUUGGCCAGCGAAAAGCAAUGAGUAAAAUCGACUGUCUGAAGCUAAACGAUCUCUACGGAUGCUUGAACAAAUCGGAAGAAGCGCGAAUAUAUUACAAUAUUUGCAAAACAUUAGGUUUAUAAAUUAACAUCUAAUUAAUAAUUUAUAGAUAUGAUAAACUACUAACAAUGUUUUUAAGAUUAAAGAUGAAAAAAAUAUAAAUCAACACAUCUAUUUUAUAAUUCAAUUAUAAAAUUUUAAUCAAUAGUGUCAA